AUGAACGACUUCGAAGGCGCGGUCCACUAUCUCGAAAGCAACCAUCGUGAGGCGUGCCUCGCAAGCGUGGAGCUGGGUAUAAGUCUCAGCCUUGGCCUGGCUUUUGUAGUCCUUUCGACAAAGGCGCAGCGCCACCACCUGGCCCUCUUUCUUAUCAAUUGCUUCUCAAUUGCCUGCGUCAUUGGCACUUCGACUGCCAGGCUCAGGAUGACGUCUCUCAAGAUCCAGGACAGACUUGUCGGCGGUGUGGGCGCUGAGCUAGCGCGCAUCAAUCUGGCGUGCUACUUCUUUUGCAUCUGGACGCCACUCGUCGCCGACACCACCUUGCUCUUCAAGCUCGAGACCCUCUAUCCGGCCUGGACUGGCUGGAAGAGGCCCGCGAUCCUAGGCACUUACCUUUUACUCCUCACUGCACGCUUGUGUGUGGCAGCAGCAAUGAUUUGGCUCGGCAUGAUCAACUACGUCGGUCCUGCUGAUCGUGGUGCAGACUUUUGGAGGAUACACAGCAACGUCAAGGCGACGGUGCUCUUUAUCAGUGCCCAGUUCCAGCUCGUGACGUGCUCGUUCGCAGCAAGUGUCCUCUUUCGUCGCGCCUACGUCUUUUCUUCGGCAGUGAAAGAGAAAACCAGCGAGGCACACCAAAAGCUUCGACGGCAGCUUCGCUUCUUCAUCGAAUCGACUUUCAUGACGUUCCUGCCUCCAGUAAUUUGCCAGGUCAUCAUUCUCGUCACCUUGCUCACUCACAGUGAGACUCAUGCCGCCAAACGAGCGGUCGGCUGGGGAAUGGACCUGAACAUGACUCUCUCGCUAAUAUUCUCCAUCCUCGCGACAUCCUGGUCGACCAUCCGGACUCCCUUACCGUCUUCGUCCACGGCAGCCCCAGAGCAGGAACAGGGCCGUCCGCCUCAGUCCCCGUCAAAGAACAAGUCAUUCCUCGCCUCUGUCUUGGAACGUGCCGGUAUAUUCCAUGAGCCAGAUGAUUCAGUGGAACUCUUGGCUACGGUCCCAUCUCGUCCAGAGGCUGAAGGAGAAGCAGCACACAGUCCCAGAGAUCGCUGGCUCCGCCCUUCGUGA